AUGUCUCCAGCUCUCACACCAGAAGUUUUGUGGGCCCAAAGGUCCAGCAGUUCCGACAUAGAACAAAACUAUCUUCUAGUAACAAUCAUGAUUCCAGACUGUGAGAAUCCAAAACUCGAAUUGGACAGCACGCAUUUGGAUUUCUCCGCUCAAUCACCAGGCCAUGUUGGUGACGAAGACGAGCACAAGUACCGCUUGCGUAUUGACUUCUACAAGGAGAUCGACGCCGAAAAGUCGCUCAGCAGAGUGGCAAACGGCAGAGAUUAUUUCCUAAAACUGUACAAGAAGGACUUGGACGCGGAGUACUGGCCUCGUUUGACCAAGGAAAAGCUUAAAUACCAUUUCAUCAAGACCGAUUUCAACAAAUGGGUUGAUGAGGAUGAGCAAGAAGAGGAAGAAGAGGAAGAUCACGGUUUCCCUGGCGCUCAAGGCGGUCAAGGUUUCCCAGGCGGACAAGGUGGUCAAGGUUUCCCAGGCGGACAAGGUGACCAGGCCGCAGCUUUGCAAGAGCUUCUGAAAAACAGCGGAGGUCAAGGUCUUGAAGGUCUAGAGGCUCUACAAGGUCUCGGCGGCCAGGGUCUAGAGGCCUUGCAAGGGCUCGGUGCUGACGCUGGCGCCGCUUAA